AUGCUUAUGGUCCUGCAAACCUUUGUUUUGGUAUUUGCAACAUUUGUUUUCCAUAUUUGGCUGAAGUUGAUAGAUUUUUCCAAGAUGUUAGCCACUCCAGCUGCCAAGUAUCCAGAUCAGUACUUUUGGCCCAAUUUUGAAGAGAAGCAGUGUUAUUUACUAGACAUGAAUCCUGUUGGGCAACAAGAGAAGGGUGCCAGAUAUGCUGUUAUAUCGGCUCGGAAAACCGGCCUUGUGCGGGAAGAAUGCAUUGCAAAAAUGGUGCUGAUAUCAUUUGUUGAUCUCAGCUCCGGUGGAUCUGGUCAAAUUCUGUACGAACUUAUUAAGAACACACUUCAGAUUUAUGAUGAUGAAGUUGAACUAUGA